AUGGCUCAUGAGAAAGUGAUGCGUGCACCUCUGCCUCCCGAAAACCUGUUGUUCCAAGGAGAGUCAUACGACUUGGGUUGGGAUGGAUCGAGGACGUUUCCGCCUGCGCAGCAACCUGAACCUCCCGCUCUCCCGUCUGCGGAUUUUGCCACAUACCUCAUCAGUGCCGUCAAGUUCCACUGUGGCCAGCUCUACCAUCUCUUCGAGGAAGAAAAGUUCAUGCAACAGCUAUCUGCGUUCCAGGACAACCCGGCGCAAGCACACCGAAAGCCCGGACUUUGGUACAUUCACUAUCUCCUCAUCCUCGCCUUCGGCAAGGCAUUCGUGGCCCAGAGCAGCAAAGGCCGCAAGCCACCUGGUGCCGAGUUCUUUGUCCACGCCAUGACCCUCAUGCCAGAAUUUGCCUUUUACAGUGCCGAUCCUAUCGAGGCAAUACAGGUCCUAUGCUGCGCCGCUCUGUAUCUACAUUGCCUCGAUUUCCGCGCCGCGGCCUACCGCAUGAUCGGCCAAGCUCUCCGCAUAGCUUUGGAGCACGGCAUGCAUACCGAAAUGCGCAGUCAACAGGUCGACCAAGUCCUGGCACAACGUUCCCGCAAUGUGUGGUGGACUGUCUACGUUCUCGAUCGCCAAAUGUCGUCCCUAAUGGGAGUACCCAUGGGUAUUGCGGACGAGCUGAUAAGCGCCGAACUGCCCACAUUCACGGGUCAAGUGGAAAGGUGUACCGCCAUGAACAUCCAAAUACAGCUGUCCAGAAUAUUGGCCCAGAUCCUCAACACUGUCUACGGACCCGAAGGACGACUGGACAAGCGAUACGUGACCGUCACAAAGGAAUCACUAAAAAGCGUAGCGAGGGUGACGGAUCAACUGAACACUUAUUUCGGAAUUCUCGAAAGCGGCUCCCGAACCACCAUUUCACGGCUCUCCGCCUAUUUACAUCUAUUGUAUCAUCAGUGCAUCGUACUCACCACACGACCUCUACUCUUCUCCUUCCUCCGGUCGCGACUAGAGCAGUCGAACGCGAAUCUGAUCGCCAUGCUCAAAUCAGGCAGCGUCCGCAUGUUGCUGCAAAUGUGCGUCGAAUCGGCGCAACAGAUGCUGACAAUCCUCUCGGCCUUGCAAGAACAUGGUCUCCUCGUGAGCUUCCUCCCCUUCGACCUCGACGCAGCAUUCACGUCGGGCAUCGCCCUCUUGAUGGCCUCCAAAGUCAACUCCUCACUCGUCAGGGACCCUGCACCCUGGCUGCAGCGCUCGUACUCGGUUUUCCAGGAGAUGAUCUACCGAGGCAAUAUGGUUGCGCAGAUGACCAAAUCGGAGCUUGAACAGUUGGAGGGCAUUCUCAACAGGGUGUCCCCGACGGGAGAGGAUCAUGCGGCAGCAGGGAGAGUCCGUCGGUAUUCGGGUCCGCGUGGGUCUUUGGCCCAUGAUGAGCAAGAGUUGCGGUCCUCGACGGGCGCUCAAUCGCAUUUUUCGACAAUCCCGCCACCUCCUUAUAUGCCUUCUUCAGAGGCCAUGAGCGAUGGGUUCGCGAUGGACGAGCUGCAGUGGCAGGACGGGCUGUCUGCGGAGCAGCUUGUGAAUUUUGCGGAAUCCAUGGACCUCAGUGCCUUGGACUGGCUUUCUGUAGAUACCGAGCUGUGA